UCACUUACACCAACAAAACUCAAACAAAAUAACCCUUCCAAACAUAUAUAGCUAAACACCUCCACCAAGUCAUAUCAGACAUGGCUUCUUCUUCUUCCCACUUGUUCCUCUUUGCUCUCAUCCUGGCCGUCACAUUCUGCAACAUGGAAAAUGGAAUGGCGGCUCGACAGCUCCUCCAACUGCCAAAACCCACAGCUCUGCCUCCUAUGCCCACCAUCCCAUCUCUGCCUCAGCCAACAUUGCCGCAACCAACGCUGCCGUCCGGAGGAGGAUUGCCACCACUCCCCAGCGGCGCCAUGCCCACUCUGCCGUCCGGUGGAUUGCCACCACUGCCCAGCGCCGGUGCGAUUCCUACCCUGCCCACUAUUCCUUCCAUCAUCCCAAAGGUUUCUCUGCCGCCACUGCCCAGCGGUUUUCCAACCAUGCCUUCCAUCCCCGGCCUUACCCCGUCGGGUCCCGGAAACUAACAGUGAAGUAGCACGCGAAGUCGGUGGAUAAUAUGUCAUUGUGUUUUGGUGUUUGAAGAUAUGUUGUUUUUGUCUUGGGAUCGCUUGUCUAGAGGGCUCAUUGUUUGUUUUUGUUCUGAUUGUUGUUUGAGUUUCUUGGCUUGUAUACUUAUUCCUACUAUUGUAUUUGUAUGCAUCACUCCGUUUUUCAGGUAUACUUUUUGAGUUUAUAUUACUUCCUUUAUGUUUCGUGUACAUGUGAUUUCUAUUGGAUUUUUCUCAUUUUUGGAUAAAGCUAUAUGAGCUCUCAUAAAUGUUGAACCAACCAUACUCAAUAGGUAGUGUUAGGUAUAUGAUUUACAAUUGAAUCUCUCCCAACAACUCUAGUUAUUGGGAUCAACUGGUUUAUGACAUGGUAUCAGAGCCUUGUGUGACCGAAAGGUCUUGUGUUCGAAUUCCGGUAACCCCCAUUUGUUAAGGACAUGAUAUGUGGACCUGUGCCAACUUCAAACCCUUGUGAGUGGCUUUAUGACAGGUAGUAUAACAUGAUCUGGCCCAAAAUUUGCCGAACCAUAUGAGAUGACUUGAUGGAUCAUAAUGAUGCAAACAUCCUGAUGAAUAUGUAAAGGACUGCAUUGAGGCUAGAAAGAAUGUGUUUCACAUUUCCCGCUUAAUUUUGAGAUUUCAGUUAAAUUACACGUUUGGUUACUCAAAUUAUAUAAAUUUUUCAUAUUUUUCAUCUGAAUCACUUUUCUUUCUUAUUCGCCACUAACUUUAUAAAUCGUUUCACCAUUAGUCACUGACCGUUAAUCAAAUUGCGAAUAACCUCCAUUAACGGUGGUUCGAUUUCUCCCGUCGGCAGAGUUCACCCCUCGUACGGGUUCCUCAGCUCUACCACGACGAGCUUGAGCGACUAUAGGAAUUCCUAGGAUUCCAAAGACAAGAAGGGCGGUAAAGGCGGCGUAGGGGGGCCGAUCGUUAUCGUUGACCAACCUAAAUGUCUCUGUUCCCGACGAAAACAACCGAAACUCAUCAUCCUUCGCCGGGUGCCCCGCUACACCUAUGUCGAGGAAAGGGAGAAAAAUCAGAGACCGUAAGGGAGGCAAAGAAGAGGGGAAGUAUUUUUUAUUUUUAUUUUUAUUUUUGGAAAGGGAGAGGGUAAGUUCAUGGUGCUGCGGCCACCCUAUCUAGUGUUAAUUAAUAUACUUUAUUUUUGUAAUUUUUUAUUUGUUUAAACUGAUAUGCCAUUAAAUUAACGGUUCGGUCAGCAAUUCUGUUUGCACAUCAUCAAAAAACUGACGAAUGCGGUGAUAGUCUUCACUGCGUUUGUCAAAAACGGUGAAUGCCAAACAUGUGUAAUUUUGAAAAAAAAAUUAUAACUUAUGUAUUUUGAGAAUUUUUUUUAAGAACUAGUGUACUUUGAGAUAUUUUUCCUUGUAAAGCCUAUUUACUAAUUGUUUUGAACCGAUACAAAAGGAAUAAGAGGACAAAUGCUGCUUUCUUGAGUUUCCUUACAAAUUGUCACACCUCGCCUUUACACCAAGGCAAUUGAAGAGGCAACUAGCAGGAACUCUAUGCCAAACCCUAUCUUAGCCUCGUGGACGUAGGCACUGACUUAGAAGCGGAAAUCACUACGGUAUCGAUAUUCCAAUAUCAAAUAUUGAAAUCCCAAAUAUUGAAUUUCAUCCUAAAAUCAAUCACAAUCCCAAUCACUAAAUAAUUUCGGUAUCCCAAUCGCAAUCUCUAAAUAUUUUGGUAUCCCAAUCGGUAUUUCGGUAUCCCAAUCGGUAUUAUCGAAUACGAAAUUAAUUACCUUUUCUAUAAAUAAUUAAAUAUAUAAAGUAGAUUUGAUUGCGUAAUUUAGGGCAAAGAGACUAAGAAAAGAGUCUUGAGUUUGUCUAGAGCUAGGAUAUGGAUAAGGAGAAUGAAGAAGAGGUGACAUCUCAAGUUCUUGUCAUUGGUAAUAUUUAAUUUGACCAAUUGGAGGCUGAGAGACGACUAAUACAAGUGUUUGCUUUUUGGUGUUAUCAAAAUAACAAGAGAAUAUGUGAGAGACGAGGGUGACUUUAAUUGGAAAGCCAAAAUUGAGUUGGAUGGGGACUUCUAAAUUGUGAAAUAGUGAUGGAAUGAUCUAAUGUUGUAAUCCUUCGUUGAGAGUCGCCGCCUUGAAAUCAUCGACAUUUGUACUCCUCUUACCUUUUCUGGAUCGAGGUGGUAAAUCUCUUCAGACUUGGUAGUAUUAAUCAGCAUUGAGCCAGUCACUCCCCGUAAUCGACUUCACUGGUUGCAGGAAACAAAGGCUAUGAGUGUUAGGGACAUAAACAGAGGGUUUCUCAAUCAUUAAUGUUUUUGUUUAUGUUAAUUAUGAUGUUGUCCUUGCAGAUCUGGGGUUUUGAUUUAGUGAAUGUCGCCUAAACUGGAUUUGGAUUUCAUAUGAAGAAUCUCCGAUCUGUUUGUUUGAGGCGGGAUGGGUGGAGCUUUUGCAAUCUUGAGGGCAAAGAAGCAGCAGCGGCAGCAUAAAGGCCUCAAUUGAAUCUGUUUGAUUUGUGGUUCGUUAAUGAUUUGGUCAAGGAAAAGGAAGGGGAAAAAAGGAGAAGAACAGUGUUGAAGAGAUUGGGUUUUGAUCCGUCAGUGAUAGGUUGUUCACCAACGUAGGGUAGAUCAGUAGAUAAUUUAGCUUCGUAAAUGUUGUAAACACAACGUAUUCUUUAUGUAUUUAUGUCGUAUGGGCAAUGCAUUCAUGUAUUUAAGAAUAAAUGUAUUAUAAAUUUAUUAAUAAAAUUGAAAUUCUUAUUUUAUUUGUCUCAUCGUAGGUAAAGUUUAAAAUUAAUCAAAAUUAUGAAUGUUGAAAUAGAAGCAAAAUUAUUUGCUCACGAAUCAAAUAUUUGUUUCGGUAAGGUGUUCUAGGAACAAUUAUAAUUGUCUCCCUAACAAGAAAGGGGAACAAAAACUUAUUAAUCUAAAACCAAAUAAGAAGAGAAUAAUAUCAGUGCAUUCUUUUCUAAUGAUGAUACAUUCAAGUGAAACACGAGAAACGAUACAUUCAAAAUUUACAUCUCAUUCACCUAUUGUAAUAUGACAAAUUCCCUUUCUAGGAACCCGCGAGAAUAUAUACUCAAAUGGCAUGCGUUAGUUUGUCAUAUAUUUAAAGAAUUGGAACAAUCUCAAUUCGUGCAUUGGGUUCUCGUUGCAAUAAAAUUUGAGAUACUUUUACCAUGAUUAAAUACCAUAGCGUGUCUUGCAUACACUUAAUAUUUGUUGGUUCUUAGCUCUUUAUAGGUGUUAUAUAUACAUAUUUUCUUGGUUUGAAGUAGAAAAGAUGGGAAAUAAAUGAAUAAGUUUAUUUUUUUGAAAGAAAGAAAUAUGCUAAAAAGAAAUGCAUAUAAUUUUGUAAAAUGAACUGAAAUUUUGAAGAAAAUGGAGAUUAUGUUCUAAAAUUUAUUAUCUAAUGAAAUGAAGCAAUCACUUUUAGUAAGUUAAUUGGAAUCAAAAUUUCCCCGUACAAGAGAAAAAGAGAAGGGGUUCAUUGCUCAAUAGAUAAACAGAAAGCAAAGAGAAUAAAGGGGAAAGGAGCUACUAAUUAACGCCCUAAAAUUCUAAAAUCAUCGCCCUAAAUUAAACUACAACUACCCAUUUUUCCCUAAUUCAAAUUGUAUCGCCCUAAAUCCAUCGUUACCCUUGCUCUGCUCCGCCCCUCGACGCCGCCAACUCUACUGCUGUGCCACCCACCUCCUUAUUGUUUCUGCCCUCCCCAUUUUUUCUUCUUCCUCUUCUUCCACGCCAUUUCCAUGGCUAAAAGGCUUCCUUUCUUUUCUUCCUCCGUACCUGACAACUUUACUGCAUAAAUUAUAUUUCCCGAUGAGAAGCUUCACUGCUCAAGGAAAGAAGUCGGAAUCCGAUCAAUCACUUUCUGGGUUUCUCUCAUCUAUUAAUCAUUAUCCCCUCAACGGUUUAAAAACGACGACUGGGGGGUGUAAAUGAAAUGCAAAACCCAUCUACUGUAUUAUUGACCUUGAGAAUAUAUACAAUAGGAUUAUAACUUUCUGCCUAUUUCUAAGGAAGUGAGAAUAACUAAUUAGCUAAAAAUAAGGAACAAAUACAUAAUGGGUAGACAAAGUCAAUACACUCUAUCACGCCCCCCCAAGUGAAACCUCUGAGAGGUGAAACUUGGAACAUAAUUGUUGAAAAGGGAGGCGAGCCAAUAAUUUGGUGAGGACAUCGGGAAGCUGUUCUAGGGUCUAUAGGUAAUGAAUCGAAAUUGGUUCUUGGCGAUCCCUAGUCACUGGAUGAGGCGUUGAUGUGGUGACAACUUGAGUAUGCUUCAUCUCCGACUUGGCAGAGUCGUUGGUGGGGAAAGGAGGACGUACGAGCUUUGUAUAUUGUCGGUAUUCACAGAACUUGAUCAGCGUGAUGCAACAAACUUCGGUAACCAUUGAGGCCAAAAUUAUGUUGUUUGUUGGAGUCUAGAGCCAUGGGUAGGUUGGCAUUUGAGAAAGGUGGGAGGACUAGAAAUCAAAUUAGAAAGAGAGCAGAGAGAUUCUUUUGAGGCAGAGGUACGAGAGGGGAGAGAAUAAAGGGGAACAAUUGAAGUAGAAGAAAGGGGUAUGAAAGAGGGAGGCUUGGGACGAUGGUAUAAGUAGUGGAACCGCUAACAACUGCUGAAAAGGACCCAACAAGAAGCACGAGGCAGAGAGAGAAUAGAAACAGAGCAAGGGAAAGUAAAUGAGAGAAAAGUAUAGAGCGUUUAGAUCUUAGAGAAGAAGGAGAGGAAGAAUAGAAGCAAGGUGUGAGAUGGGGGCAAAAUAAUGAACAACCAACAGUGAUGAUGAACAACACGAUGUGUUAAAAGCGUAGAGUCGAAGUUGAAGAAAGAAAAUAAAAGGGGAAGGCUUUCUUUGUGGCAAAGUAAGUAAGAUUAAAGAGAAGGAUUUGAAGAGAAAGGAAAAAAGAUGCAACGUCUCCAUAAAAGAGGUCGACCCAAGCUUCGAGAGACAAGCAAAUCAUAUGUUGCAUGAAUGUAACAUUGAGAAAGGGGAAGAUUUGAUGGUGAGUGGGUCUUGGGCUUUUCCUAGAGCAAUCUGGCAGAGGAAGAGAAAAGAAGGAAAAGUUGUAGUGGUGACUGUGACAUUGCAUUAGGAAGACAAAACAUAGGAAGGUGGAGAGGAAGUAAAAUUCAUCUACGGUAGGACAAAUAGAAGACUUGCAGCUGGCGGAUGGAGAGGCUGGGUCACCGGCGACAAUGGUGAUACGGAGCAGAGGAACAGGUGAAGAGGUUGGAGUGGUAGUUGGGGAUGCAGGGGAUUAAUGGGCGGAAGGGAAAAAGGUACCGAGUGAGUGAUGGCUCAUCCCGCCGGCGUGAAAGGUGAGGGAAAGAAAAAGUUUUAGGGUUCCUAUAUCUGUAAGCUGUUAAGCAAGAGACUCUGAUACCAUGUAAAUGAAAUGCAAAACCCAUCUACUAUAUUAUUGAUCUUGAGAAUAUAUACAAUAGGAUUAU